AUGGACACUGCGGGUCCUGCUGUCAAGGGUCUCGAUGUAACGGCUCUCACGCAGUGCGCCCACUGGCACUCACCACGCGACAUUAUCGCCAUUCGUCACAAGUGCUGCGGUGAAUACUAUGCGUGCAUCAGCUGCCAUGAGGCCCUGGCCGGGCAUGCUCCUUUGACCUGGCCCAGGGCAGAAAGAGAGACCAAGGCCGUGCUGUGUGGUAAAUGCCGCCACGAGCUGACCAUUGAGGAAUAUCUGUCGUGCGUAUCCGUCUGCCCGGGCUGUCAAGCAGAGUUUAAUCCUGGCUGUUCGAAUCACUAUCAUCUCUACUUUGAAAUGUAG